GGAGAAAAUCGAAUGAAGACGUUAUUCAGUACCAUAUAGCUACCAGUGUUGUGUAAACAUACAGUAAAUGAUGUAUGUUUCGCCAGUCAUCGCGUUAUUACUUUUAUGCUUAAGUUUAAACCUGGGGCUUCAGUGUCGCAACGCAAGCAUCGACUUGGGGACAGGAUGCAACGAUACAAACGCCACUUCCGUCAACUUCGAGUCCCCUUCUCCUGACAACGACAAGUACGAUUUUGUGGUGAAUCGGCUGCUAGAUGACAUCACCAUCGACGAAAAAACAGCCAAGUCUUUCCUUCAACCUAGCCCUGAAUGGGAGUAUGACAAUCUUUUAGAAGCACUGCGUACUGAAGUUAGAGGCGUCGAUGAAAAGCACCGUCGACUUAAGAGAAGCAGACGACCCCCGCCCGAACCCAGAGUUCCAGAAACGUGGCACGUGCCCGGCAUAAAAGAAAAGACACCUUACUUGGAAGGCAGGACAUUCAAAUCACUUCAACAGCUGAGUAGUAAAUACGACUACUUCAAGUACAAGAAGUGGCCAGAGAUAAAAAGAAGUGGAAAUCGGGGCACAGGCGGUUGGUUUCUGCCCAAGCCUGGGAGAUGGCACGCCAACUUGGAGAAGUCGUAUGUAGAAACACCGGAGGGCGCCACUUGGGAGAACGUCUACGCUGUCCACAAAGAUCACUUCGAUGAGGGUGUCUCGUUCGAAUAUGCUUGCCUGAUUUACAGCUGGUACUAUUGCAACAGAAGGGGGAGAUUCUGGACAUCCAAUAGCGUGCAGCAUAACAUGUGCCCACAGCCAUGCUUGAGCAACCCUUGCAACAUCAGAGACCAUGCAAGCCGAUGUCAACAAACAGGGCCUUACCAAAACCCUGACUACAGCUGUUCGUGUGAACUGGGCUGGCAAUGGAAUAAUAGGAGGAAAAGAUGUGAUGACAGGAAUGUGUGUAACACUAACCACAACCGAUGCAACAGUGCCCACACCAGAAAUUGCAUCGAAGGCAUCGGUAUGGAUCACAGAUGUGAAUGUCUGGAUGGCUUUGUCGGCGAGUUCUGUUCGGAUGAACGAAACCCAUGUGUUGAAGAUGGCGGCCACGACGCAUGCCAACCUAGAGGCAGAUGCGUGCCAUCCAUGCGCUCUCACAUCUACUCCUGCGACUGUGAUGAUGGGUGGUCGGAUGAACCUGAAACCGGCGGACCACAGUACCCAGACUGUAGGCAUAAAGACGACCCCUGUGGGAGGGUGGCUUGUAUGAACGGCGGAGCCUGCGAACACUCCCAGAACGGCGAACACGUUUAUUGCGUGUGCAAUGACGCGUAUGUUGGAGAUAGGUGCCAAUAUCGAAGACCAUACUUGGGACCUUGGGAAUCCUGGGGACCAUGUUCUGUGACGUGCGGGGCCCAGGGCAUCCGGAAAAGGAGACGGCACUGCGAAGAUCCCGCGGGCCUGACUGAUUACGACUGUUCGGGGAAAAACUUUCGGGAGGAGGAGGAGGUUUGCCAGCCGGCCGUCUGCAAAUAUUCUGGUCGAUGGACCAGCUGGGGGGAGACGACUCCAUGUACCGUGAUCUGCGGGCAUGGAUACAGGACAAGGUCCAGACACUGUAGAUACUGCAAAGACCCCGAAUGUGUGGAGGAAACCCAACUGGAGGCAGAACACGGGUCGCCUUGUGACGGCAUCGCCCAGGAAAAAUCCCCAUGUAACACUCAACCAUGUCCAGCUGAAGAGCUAGCUGUCAAAUACUUCAAGGAGACGAGACAUUUUUUCGGCGAUAAAAACGGUGAAGUUUCUGCAAAAGCACCUCUUACAUUCUUCACCGAAUUCAGGGGUAAGUAUUUCGGCGAUAGAGAUACUCUUAUCACAGACUACGAAGACAUCGACGCCGAUGAGUGUGCCCGCAGGUGUCUGGAGGGUUAUGGGGACUAUGACGGUGUCAACCCGAUAUGUAAGUCCUUCAACUGGGAAAAUUAUCCUAUGAGCGUGCUGAUUGCACAGACGGCCAUGAUCAUCCCGGGAGUCGAUCCUUCCCAAUUCAAAGCCUUGGGCAGUGGGGGUAAUCCCCGGAAAUGCUGGCUACACCGCGAAAACAAGGACACACACCCGGCCAAUCCUGAAUGGAAUCAUUGGCCAAGCCGCAUCUACUUUCAAAGGAAAGAAAAAGAAGAAGAAGAAGAAGAAAAUCUCUCCAAAAUUGUUGCCCCUGGACCUAGUGGAAGAGGCCCAUCGCUAACUGCUUUCCGUGUGCUUGUAGCUGCCAUGAGUCUCUUGACAUCGGCUCUCUUCUAGGACAUACAGUAUCAAGAACAAUCAGCAAAGCAUACAUGCAUCUAAGGCGCACUCAUUGAUUCUAGUUGUAGCUUAGAGUGAUGGCAUCAGUUUUAACGUACGAAGAAAGAGACCUUCGGCUGUUCAAGUUGUCACUAACCUGAGAUUCUUAACCCUUAUGGCAAGUCCUGGUUAUAUAAUAAUCUACAAUCAUCGUUAAUACAAAAGAAGUCACCAUCUUUAUUGAUUUGAAAACAAAUAGUCUUAACCUGUUACAGACUUUUGCCGGAAUUGAAGCUAUACAUAUGUGAAAACGUCAUCAACGUUCGUCGAGGAUUCCAAAUAGUGUUUCAAUCUCAUGACAGUCAUUCUAGUCCAGUUGGAAUAAACAUGAGGAUUUGGCUCGGCUGGUUGUAGAUGUACAGAAAGAUUCACCUGAGCAGAACGAAAGACCAACGUUUCUGCCAAGGUUCCCUCCACUGAAACACAGUUCACGGCAUAGCUGGGGCACUGAACAACAAAAGACAGAUGGAUCUAGCAAUACUGGAUUUCACUAAGGCCUUCGACAAAGUCCCACAUAGCAGACUUAUAUCAAAACUGGAGUACUAUGGAAUUCAAUGUACUACAUUUAACUGGUUAAAGACUUUCUUGACGAACAGAGAGCAAACUGUAGUGGUAGAAGAGAAGGCCUCAGCUCCAGUUAAAGUAGCGUCGGGAGUUCCGCAAAGGACUGUCCUGGGACCAUUGUUCUUCCUCUUGUACAUAAACGACUUGCCAGACCA